CGCUGCCGCUGGCGUGGCGGGGCUGUCCCGCGUCGCCUCCGAGGGCAGCCGCCGCCGCCGGCGCUCGCUCGCCCCAGCGCAGCCCGCGGCAAGCGCCGGCUCCCCGGAGGGAUCGGCUGCGGUUUCGUGUUUCAUUUCCCUCACACGCUACACCCAGAUUCCAGACGCGCUCGGCCCGCGCCGCUGCAUGGGCUCAGGGCGCAGGUCGUGUGCCGUACCCAGCGCAGGCGGACGCGGCUCGCCGCGGCUCCCGGCAUCGCACCAUGAAGACGUCGGCGGUGUUUUUGCUUUGCCUCGCGGUUUUCCCAGGCUUUUCCCGGGGCAGAGUGGUUGGCGAGGAUGAAGCUGGGUUUGCCGAGUGUAACGUGUUCUUCCCGGGACAAGUCCCACCCGAAGGAUUUACGGAGCCGUUCCACGUGAAAAUCUGUCAGCAGUACAACAAGGAGCCCCGCUUUGCGACCCUCUACAGCACUAAGGACAAAACCCCUCUUUAUUCAGCUUUCAAGUAUACAAAGGCGGCCCAAACCGAGGAGGAGGACUGGCUGGUUGAACCACAGAUAGAUGAUCCAGAAAAUGACCUGCCCGAGAUGGUGCGUGAAGCCGACAUCGUCGGCACCGUGGCCAACCUUGGCACCAAUCAAGCCCUGGCCUCGGACUACGUGGGCUCCGGGUAUGAGAGGGGGCUGCUCAAUCCCAGUGGGCUCCACGGGGAGGAGUUCCAGGUGGCCACUUACACUCUGACGAACGCCGUCCCUCUGAGCCCAUCCCUGAGCAAGAGCUGGCACAGAGACAUCGGGAGGGUGGUGGAGCAAGCCCUGGCCCCUCAGUGCUCCCAGAAGGACCAUCUGUACCUCCUGGCAGGCGCCAUUCCUUCCAGCGUGCGAGCGAAUGGCAAGGUGUCGGUACCAGAGGCCCUCUGGCUGGCAGCUUGCUGUGAUGCUCCCCAGGGAUGGUCCCUGGCACUGCUCAGAAACACAAACGAGGAGAACAGCUUGGCAGACCUCACAGUGGGAGAGCUGGAGAAGCAGCUUCCAGCAGGAGUUCGCUUAUUCAAGGGUAGCUGUGGGGAAGGCAACCAAGCCCAGGAGAAAACAGAAGCGAUACUACAAGCCGUCAGUCAGAUCCGCUCUGGAGGGCAAGUGGGAACAAGUGAGGACCAGGAGGCCAAAGAGAGCGGCUUGGUGAGAAAGGUGGCUGGCAUCAUUGCUGCCCCUUUCAUCAAGCUGCUGGAACUCCUCAUCUACCUGUUUGUGGAGCUGGUGAAGUUUGUGUUUUCUUUCCUGUGGCUGGUUAUCAAGCGGGUUGGUGGCACUCUUCUGAAUGGAGUCUGCAGCUUCUGCAACGGGCUGGUGUCCUACCUGAAAGCCAUCAGCAUGGUGCUCAUCAGCAUCCCCUAUGACUUGGGCAGGGUCAUCGUCAACAUCUUCCUGGGCUUCCUGCAAAUUGUCCAAGACGUGGUGUCCCUCACCUACAGGAUCCUGCGCAUCCCGCUGGGCUUUGUCCUUCACCUCGCCGCCUUCCCUUACCACUCCCUCUGUGCCAUUCCCUCCGUCCUCAGAGACGUGGCCGCUGGCAUCGGGGGCACCUUCUCGCUGGUGGUCGAUGCCACAGCCGCAGUCCUGCAUGGCUUUUGUUACCUGGCCGGCCACAUCGUCAAACGGUUUGUCCCCAAGGGCUCCUCUGAUGACUGAUGGGCUGGAGACUGAGGCUGCAGACACACGGAGCCAGGGCCCAGCGGGGCAGCGCUUACCGUGUGUGGCCACACACUGUACAUUUGGUUCUGGUAUUUAUUGUAGUGACAUGAAUAACAAUGAACUGACUGGGCAGUAACAGGGAGGGCUGAGGGAACAUCACUGGGGCCGUCACCAUUGUCACUCAGUCCCGUCUGUUGUAAAGUGUUUGGGUUUUCUCCGUGAGGGCCACAAGGUUUCUGUGAUUUGCAGAUGCCAAGGUGCUUCCUCUGGGAGACACACACUAAACGUGGUACGAGGUUCUUUCUUUCUGGCUGGGAUAACACUGGGACCUCUGCAGAAGCCCAUCCCUGCCAGGAGGAGGCAGUGGGCAGAGGAGGGUUGGAGUUACAUAGGGUUUUCUGGGACCUGGAGAACGGAGAAGGAGGCGAAGGUGCAAGGAUUUGAGGCUUGGAAACAUCAGGGAGCAGGGUCCCACUGGUGGAGGGAAUGCUGAUGGGUGUAUCUCAUGGUCCUCAGGCCUUUACAGGCAGCUGAAAUCCUGUGGAUCUUACUGUGAGGAAAGACCUGCUCCCUGUCCUUUCUCAUGGUGGGAAAGCAUUUUCCCUUAGCUGUACCAAGGUCAUCUUCCCCCAGCCCUUCCUCACUCUCUGUGACUGACGAAGGUCUAAGCCCUGAAGCUUCAAGAUACGGUGUUCCCUGGAGGUCUGAGCCCCUGAAGGUCUCAGCCUUGAAGCCCUUCUGCCUGCUCCGAAGCCCAACAGCACCUGGGAGUCAGCUUUUGGCUUUGAAUCAGCUGCCGGCCUGCCCUGCCUCCCUUGAGAGCUGGCAGGUCCCCAGGCAUGCAGUGGUAUUUAUGUGACUGAGAUCUCCACGAGAAGAUGCCCAGGCUGGUGAUGGGUAACACCACAGCUCUCCUCCUGAGCCUUGUGCUGAAAUCACAUCUUGCUGGGGGAAAAAAUGAGCCUCCUGGCUUUUCCUCUAAGGAAAACAGCUCUGCCCUUCCCACCACUCUGGGUUGGUAGCAGGGAUGUCCAUACAGAAAAGGGCACACGGGAGAAGAGAAGCUUGUGGAGCAUAGGGCAGUUUGCUGCUUUCAUGUGGGGUGACGUGGUAUGCCUGGAGGCAGGAUCAGAGCAGAGCAGGAGGCAGCCCCAGGCAGGGCAGCAGGGUCCCCUUGGUGCUGGGCUGGGCUGCGUCAGGCCCAAGGGACACAAGGAGCAUUGUCCUGCAGUUGGAAGGCAAAAGGGAACUGGAUACUGUUGGUAAAUUGCACGUGGAGGUGCCAGGAGCACUCGUGGAAGAGACCUCUGCCACCCACGAGAGGAGGAGAGGUGUGUGCGGCUGCUGUGGCUGCAGGAACCAGCAUGGCCGAGCCCACCCUGAGCCCUGGCAGCAAAGCCUUUUGCUGGGCAUUUCCCCUCCCACCUGGCAAGCCCAUCCAUGAGCAGAUAGGUUUGUGCUGGAGGGGGACCCAACCCCUCUCGUGCACGGCGUGUCCUCUGCUGGCUCUGCACCCCUUCUCCGUGUGAGUGUGACGCUGGAGCCAGGGUACCUGGGGGCUCUGAGGGGCCUGUCGGGGUUUGCAGCUGGCCAAGGGCACAGGAACACCCCCACAGAGGCUGCCCUCCCUGGGCUUGGCUCAGCGAGGGGCUGCUGCUGUCUGCAGGAGGGAGGCUCUAGGUCUCCCAGCAUUUGCUCUGGUUGGACUCCAGAGACAUUUGGGAGCCCGUAGAUCUUUCCCUUCAUGUCCUUCCCUCCAGCGCCAGGUUGAUUGUGCUCUGCUCUGCCAUAGGCUGCCAUGAGGAGCCUCAGGGGUGGACAAGCCCGUGCUAUGUGGGUGGCAGCCAGUCCUGGGCUGCAGGAAUCCUGAUUACUGAACAUGGCAGUUCAGAGCUGGGCUGCCAGGGGAUGGACUCAGAGGGUGAAGGAGAUUUGUCUGGGCCGUAGUGGUGACAGAAGGCUCUUUCCUUAGCUCAGGGACUGUGUUCAGCACAGCCAGCUGUGUUUGUGCACCUCCCAGACCAGCACACCCUGGCCAGGCCACAGCCCUUCAUCAGUGGUGCUGAUGGCAUUGUUGGGGGUGGUAAUGCUGGGGAUGAAAUGGGGAGGUGAUGAGAUGAGUGGGCAGAGAGGAUGACUCCUUCUCUCCACUCUUUGUGGGCUACAACUGAUUUGUGGGAAUGGAAAGGCUGCCUGCCAGCAGCACUGGCUUUGUUCAGAAGGAAAGGCAGCUCUUGUGUGCCAAUGUGAGUAUAGUUGAGGGAAGUCAGCAGUGUUUUACCAGUCCUUCCCUUUGCCUUGGAGCUGUUGGUUCAGGGAUUUGAAUGUCCAGUCUGUCUUGCAGCAGGCAGACAGCAGCCUGCAGACGCUUUCCACAGCCAACUCUGCAUACUCAAGCGUGCCUUCCCUGCUGCAGAGCCAGAUGUGGAGCUAAUUUCUUACUCCCUCACAAGACCAUCCCAACCCCAGGACUCCUCUUGGGCUAUAUGGCAGCCAUCAGGGCAGGAAAGCAGCCAGCUGAGGCCCCGGGAGAUGCCCAGGAGGGGUGGCAUGGGUGCCAGCCUGCAUGCCAGGGUCCGUCCUGCAGCCUCUGAAGGCACCUGUAGUGGCAGCAGCUCUCAAGUGCAGCCCAAGCACUGGGGAGGAGGUCGCUGCCCCCACAGCUGCCUGUCUCGUGCCUUCUGCCUGGCCGCCUCUGCCCCAGCCUGGCUGUGCAGUGCUUCGCGGGGCUCCUGCACCCAGAGCAGCUUCCCCAGCCCUUAACCCCACAUCCCCACAUCCCAGUGCCACCAGCAUCUCCUGUGCACCCCUCUGGUCGUGGGGCUGGGAGCCCUGAGCUGCGGAGAGGCACCUCCAGAGCUCUGCGUGGCCACAUCCUCGUGGCUGCCGGCCUCGCUAUGCCCACAGCCCUGCCACUGCCAGUGGACGCUCCCUGAAGUGUAAGGGGCUGCAGCACCGCAGCAUUCGGGCAGAUGUGGAACAGGAUUAUUGAAAUGGUCCCAUGGUGCCCAGAUUUCUAACACUAAGAAUUCCAAGAGGCACAGGGCGUUUUCCUUCUGUGCUGUGUGUGGGAGCAGGUGAGGGGAACCCUGCCUCCAACGCCGAGCAAUUAUCACAGAACAAGCAGCAUGCUGCCACAAACUAACUGUUGUUUGAGAUUAUUCUUACCUGGGCAUGAUUUAUGGCUUCUGAGCUUUACUCUAUCCUUGGAAACACAUGGCUUCAACAAAAUAAAAGUUACUUUUCCAGAGAGGAGCUGGUAUCAUGUUUCUGUCAUGGUUGGAAAUGAGGUGCUGCAGCCUGGGGUUCCCUGACUAACCAAGGAAGCACUAGCAGUACACUUGUUUUUUGUUACAGCUUCACAUCUGACAGCCCUUUUGUGCUUUUAAAACACCUUUCCUCUCUUAAGAAGAGACAAUUAAUUAAGCUGCAGAAUAGGAAGGUAAAGGCUGAGGGGCUGCAGACAGUGAAUUUAGCUCUGUGUUUGCCAGAAGAGAGAAGGAAAGGAGAUGUUUUAUUCUUGUGAGCUGCACCCAGGGUGCAGUAUGAUGGCUGGUUUUGAUACAGAAAAAUCACAUCCCAACAGGACGAUGUGCAGGGCACAUUGGAGCGGGCAGGGAGAAGCUCUCUUCUCUGUGAUGCUGCUCCCUUGACCACUUUGGUGAUGACUUCUUUAGGAGGAGAACAAACACUCUAAAAGUGGCCAGUUUCUUCCACUGACAGUGUGGAGAUCCUGGGGUGAGUAAACCAGACAUUGGCACCUACAUUUUGCAGGCUUCUCUCUUUGGGCAGGUGGGCCCCUCCAGCCCAGUCUGUGUUCCUCUGGGUCUGCAGGAACUGGUGAGGCACUGGCACAGGCUGCCCAGAGAAGCUGUGGCUGCUCCAUUCCUGGAAGCACUCAAGGUCAGGAUGGAUGGGGCCUUGAGCAGCCUGGUCUAGUGGAAGGUGUCCCAGCCUCGAGCAGGGCAUGCACUGCUUUGGCACAGGGGCCUGUGCAGCUGGAGGUGCCCUCAGCUCUGCCACGCUCACCCUGGGGCUGGGCACUGGCAGUGCAGAGCGACUCAGCCACCCCAGCAGCACGGCCUCACGGUUGCAGCCCUGGGCUGGGGUCCUGUGGUCACCCCUCUGCUGCCAUUGCGUGUUGCAGAGCUGUUCCCUGCUGCGUGGAGCCCCAUCAGCAGCUCUGUACCUCCCUCUAGCUGGGGAGCGGCCCGGGUUGGGCAGGGAGCCCAGCCGUGCCUGCUCACAGCUUAUUUCUCCAGCGUAGUCAGUGCCAGAGGAUGGAAUAGGUAUUGGAAAAGAAAUAGCAGCGUGACUCGUGCGUCUGGGAAGGAGUGACCGGGAGCAGGGAGCCAGGCUGUGCGUGUGAGCCAGGCUGCAGGCCUGCGGGGCUGGCACGGGGCCACUUCACUGCACAGCCCCAGCUGUAACGAAAGCACGGCCCCUCUGGGCACAGCCCCACAGCCUGGGGUCCUGCACCGGCUGCAGGCACAGCUCAGCUCCACCGCUGCCCUCCGUGGUUGCAGGGGACAGGCCUCACCUCACCGUGGGAUGUGGGGGACACCGUGUUCCAGCACACCUCCUCCUCCCCUCCCUUCCUGAUCUUGGGGUCCUCAUGGUCACUUUUCUCUCCUCCAACUCCUUCCACCACCUCCCAGAAAAGAAGGCAGAAUCCUUCUCUUCCAGCUUCUUAAAAAGUGAUUGUGGAGGUGCCCAGUUGGCUGAGCCCCAGAGGUGGGUCUGACUCGGCUGAGGAAAGUUUUGGGCAACUUCUUACAGCAGACACCAUUACAGCCCCUUCCCCCUUACCUCAAACAGCUCCACGCAAAUCUGUGACACAUGGUCUCCCAGGCUGUUGGACUUGAGCUUGGGAAUGGAUCUUACACUGGGUAACAUCUGCCAUUGAUUUCCACAGAGCUGGUGUUUCAGCCAAGCAGCAAGGCCUACAGACUUUCCAGUGGUGUUAGUGCUGCAGCUGGCUGGAAAACCUCCAAGGAAAUACAUCCUGUCAGAAUGGGGUGAUUUAUCAAGCAGGGUUCUUUUCAUGGCAAUUUGCUGUUUUUAAUGGAAAAAAAAAAUCAGGUCCAGGUUGGAACAAGGACCAGAAUCAUCCAAGAGCCACUCAGGGGCUGGGUUAGAGGAUUAGUGGGUCAUCAGGACCCACUUCUGCCUAAAGCCCAGCCUGGCACGGGAGCUGUGGCCCAGCUUAGCUUAUGUCUCAUUUUCUCCUAUUUGUAAGGGUGAAAAAAACCCUGUUUCCUUUCCAAAAAUACUGAAAUUGGGACAAUUUUCCUGGGAGGCAGAAGCCAUUUUCCACUGAGGCAGCAGCAAAGUUACCUGCAAAGCUGAAGCAGUGGCUUCAAAUGCCUGUGCAGCACCAUCUUUAUGAAUAACUCCAUGUUCAAAACUGAUGUAGCAUGGUGGAGAAUGGACAUUUGGAGUGGAUGUCACUGUGUGUUUACUGCUGUGAUACUGAGGGUUUUGCCAAACCUCUCGGUGUCUGCUGAUAGAAGACGGUUAUAGACCAAAGCCAGGAGCUGCAGCAGGCAAGCAAACGAUCUCUGAGGCUCAUCAUCCCACCAACAGCCAGUUAAGGAGGAAAGGUGAGCUCAGGUGGUGGCUAUCAUCAAGGACCAGGGAGCAGGUGCUCGGGCUCCAGCAAUGCAGGACAAUUUUGUUCAUCCCCAGGUCCCCUCAUGGCACAGAUCAUCCUCCCAAGCCCAGUCAGAGCGGGGUUUGGUGGGGUGGGAUGUAUCUGGGAACAUGGUACUUGCCCUUUACUUCUCUCAGGAGCACAUUCAAAGUCCCUCUCUUUCUCCAUCGGCCUUUCCAGCUGUGAGCAGAGGCGGGUGCUCAGCACUGAGCACCUUCCCACAGUGUGCCCUGCCAGCACUGCUGGGACUCCUGGGACAAAGCACUGAGGUUCUGGACCUUUGUGGGGGUGAGGAUUUGCACUUGGGUCUCUUCAUCAGAGCUGGUGAGGAUGCUUCCAGCUGAGCUGCCUCUGCUUUUAGCAAAAAUUGCUGUUUUCCUUUUCCAGCAGGAAAAAAACACCAAAGAAAACCCCUUAAAGCUAAUCACAAAUGCUUUCAGCUGAUCUUUCCAGUAUCCCCGUGCUGUAGUGCAGAUGUGUGCUGGAGCUGAAUCUUCUGGCAGCAGAACCCUGCCAGCCAGCAGGCUCAGAGCCAGGCAGAUGCCUCCCUCUGGUGAAGAGGCUCCGUCUCAGCUCUCUCCAUCUCCUCAGCUCUGCAGAGGAAGCCGAGAGAUCAGCGAGAUCAUUGAGGGAGGCAAAUUACAAGUCUGUGUUUAGACAGCGUUGCCUGCUCCUGGCAGCGCUUCUUCCCCUUCAGUGUGUCGUGAGAGGCACCAGACCACGAGGACACCAGGGGAGAGGCAAUCUGGGCUGAAGUGGUCCCCUCCUCUGUGGGGUCACACGCUGCAGCCACAGGCUGCUGGGGAACUCAUUCCUGGGCAAGUCAGCACUGAAUGUUGCAGGUCAUGACUGCUUUUGGCUGGAAUGACUUGUAUUUUUCCUUAGCCAGUUUUUGUUAACAUUAUGUUUCCUGGAUAUGUUGAUACU